AUGGAAACUAGAACAGCAAAACUUGUCCCAGGCUUUGCCAUUGUUUUUGAUAGUCCAUUUAAGUUGACAAAUGAGGGAUGGGGUGUGGGAGAUAUCGUUAUGUGGAAGCCCACUAUGGUGACUUGGGAGUUGGGGCUGGAUCCAGUUUGCUGCUGUGGAGCAUACCCCUACUUUCCCGAUGCUCAUCAGAAAUAUACACAACAGAGUUCUCCACUCAAGCGUUCAUUGACCCUGGUGGAAGCGAUAAGGGGUAAGGGAAGGGAAGUCACUAUAGUUGUAGAAAUGGGAGUUGAGUCCUGUUCGGUUUGUUCUAGUUUUCGACCCCAAGUGGGAUUAGCUCUAGGAGAAACGAGGCAGAGUUGGCCCGGCUCGCAGCGGAGGUGUACAAAUCCUGGUUAGCCUCUUUGGCGGGUCCUUAUGGCGAGUGA